AUGAAUGACUUGGACCACGAUAUGUUGUGCCUUCUCGACGCUGAGAGCCUCCAAUUUCGAGGUCCCUCACCUAAGCCCACUCAAGAUCUCUCUCGCCAGGACGAUCUCAGCAUGACCGACGUCCAGGCGAAUGGGUGCGAUCGUACCGGGAUGCUCACUCCGAUCAUGCUCUCCGAUGACUUUCAGCAGAAUGCCGCGGACCAGACCGUCAUGAAGCAAUUUCCUAACGCUGCGGCACCUUGGGAGAUAUCUUCGAUGGACAAAGGAGCUUCUAUGGCACGGCUGCCUUCGCAUGAAUUUGCGCCAGGCAUUGACUUCUGCCACGGAGGCUCUUCGUGGGAUGACAUAGGUCUAGAUCUGAAUGCAAAUGAAGCGUCAGACAGUGGUGACUUCGAAGAUGAAUUGACAGAUCAGGAUAUCGGCGACAGUAUGCAAAUUGCUGCCAGUGGACACGUCAAGUAUAUGGGUCCAAGCAUGUCGUUCAUUCCGGGUAGUUAUCUCGGACACCAGUGGAUCACCAAGAUCACUGGUUCGGCAUUCCUGGCUGAGCAGAUGCGAGUUUUCCUGUCCAAAUGGAAUCCCGACGACACUGAGAGCAUCAUUGAGGCCUCUGAAGUAUAUAACGAGAAUCACCUUCCAACCUAUGAUGUUGCUCUUACGUACAUUGACGCGUAUUUCAAGGCGGUGCAAUGUGUAUUUCCAAUACUGAACCGACAGGAUUUCAUGCACAAAUUUGCCACCACAUAUCAUGAACUGAAGCCGAACAAGAAUCCCACGCAUUGUGCCAUGGUCAACAUCACACUGGCAAUCGGGUGCAGAGCCAUUCCCGACUCGAACGAAGAUCAAAUAAGCGGCCUGUUCCAAAAUGCCCUGGGGAGUAUCUCUCGCGUGCUGUUGGGUUACUCGCAUCUUUCGAAGGUUCAAGUCCUCAUGUUGAUGUACCUCUUUCUCAGCCAAACAACAACACCACACUGGGGGUACAUCAUAUUGGCAGCAGCGGUGAGAGAGGCGGAGGCCUUGGGCAUGCACCUCCAACCAGCAGCCAAUUGGGGAUUUUCGCGGUCCGAAAUGAAACAGAGGAGCCUCAUUUUCUGGUCGUUGUAUUGCCUCGACAUCCAACUUGCCUUUCGCAUUGGUCGUUCGCCAAUGCUUCGGAGGAAGGAAAUCUCUUUGAAGCCCCCGUUUCAGAGAAUCGACAGCCCCAUUGGGUUGGACGGCGGCCAGCCGUUUCUAGACGCCCUGAACCGAAACAGGGCUCAGGAACAGCUCUUUCUAUUCAACGUGGAGAUGUGCCACUUUGCCCAGCGAGCUUACGAUCUGAUUACGUCGGACUAUGAACUCGAAGCUCUGGAGCGCGCAGUCGUUGAUCUUGAACAUGAGAGUCUGGGGCUGAAGAAUACUCGGCAGAUAUCUCAAUUUUCCAGCUCGGUCAACCAGGACUGGGUUUUGGACCCCUCGGUUGGAAUGGAGAAGUUCCUGGCUGUCCCUCUUACCCUACAAUUUCCAGUGGCACUGCUUAACACCUCAGUCUUUUGGAUACAAUCCAUCCUUCGGCUGCGCUUAUUCUCCUUGAAAGCUGCCCAAAGUCUUUCGGGAACCCCUGAAGCAUUCGACCUUCUCCGAGACACUUUUCCUUCGGCGUCGGACUUGGAUGCUGCCAGCGAGGCUGCCGCCUCGCUGGUUAAACUAUCAUCAGUGUUGCCCAAAGGCAACAUCAAUUUUUUCUGGUAUUUGCAACCCCUACCAGCCUACGCCUUCAAUGUUCUAUUUCUCGCCGUGCUUGAUCGACCUGCAGGUCCAAAGGCGCACGAAUUCAUGGACCUGAUGUCCAUCGUUAUCGAGUCGACAGUCAACACUGUUACCGCCCCUAAUGCCUCGAUGGCGGACCUCCAUUUGACGCACUUUUUGACCUUCUUUGCACGCUCUGCGCGUAGAGCCAUCCAGCAGGCGAAGGGUCAACUAUAG